GGAGCCGCUGCCGUCCCAGAAGUCUCCGGGAAGCGGUUGUGCUGCGCGGGCGAAUCUUUGCUCCUGGGAAGAUGGCGGCGGCGGAACCGGGGCAUUAGGGCGAGUGCAGGCUGCGGUCACCCGCUCGGCUGGGCGCACAGGCCGGCCCGGGUCCCGUGUCACUCCUUGAGUGCCCAGGCUCAGUCCAGCCUCUGGUCCUUUGCACUGGCUUUUCCGUCCACCUGGAAUGCUCUUCCCUUAGGCUGCUUGCCUCGAUCUCUCACACCUCCACCAGGGAGGCCUCCCUGGCCACGCGUGGGCACAAUGGACCUGGCUUACAUCUGCGAGUGGGAGAAAUGGCCCAAGAGCACCCACUGCCCGUCGGUGCCCCUGGCCUGCACCUGGUCCUGCCGUAACCUCAUCGCCUUCACCACAGACCUGCGGAGUGAUGACCAGGACCUGACCCGCAUGAUCCACAUCCUGGACACCGAGCACCCCUGGGACGUGCACUCCAUCCGCUCGGAACACAGCGAAGCCAUCACCUGCCUCGAGUGGGACCAGUCAGGCUCGAGGCUGCUGUCGGCUGAUGCCGAUGGGCAAAUCAAGUGCUGGAGCAUGGCCGACCACCUGGCCAACAGCUGGGAGAGCCCCGUGGGCAGCCUGGUGGAGGGGGACCCCAUCGUGGCCUUGUCGUGGCUGCACAACGGUGUGAAGCUGGCCUUGCACGUGGAAAAGUCGGGUGCCUCCAGCUUUGGCGAGAAGUUCUCCCGAGUCAAGUUCUCACCAUCGCUCACGCUGUUUGGGGGCAAGCCCAUGGAGGGCUGGAUUGCAGUGACGGUCAGCGGCCUGGUCACCGUGUCCCUGCUCAAGCCCAGCGGGCAAGUGCUGACCUCGACGGAGAGCCUGUGCCGGCUGCGUGGCCGCGUGGCCCUGGCCGACAUCGCCUUCACGGGCGGCGGCAACAUCGUGGUGGCCACGGCAGACGGCAGCAGCGCAUCCCCAGUGCAGUUCUACAAGGUGUGCGUGAGUGUCGUCAAUGAGAAGUGCCGCAUCGACACCGAGAUCCUGCCCUCGCUCUUCAUGCGCUGCACCACCGACCUCAACCGCCGGGACCGGCUCCCCGCCAUCACCCACCUCAAGUUUCUGGCCCGAGACAUGUCAGAGCAGGUGCUGCUGUGUGCGUCCAGCCAGACCAGCAGCGUGGUGGAGUGCUGGUCUCUGCGCAAGGAGGGGCUCCCUGUGAACAACAUCUUCCAGCAGCUCUCGCCCGCCGUUGGUGACAAACAGCCCACGAUUCUCAAAUGGCGGAUCCUGUCAGCCACCAAUGACCUGGACCGCGUGUCCGCCGUGGCGCUGCCCAAGCUCCCCAUCUCACUCACCAACACUGACCUGAAGGUGGCCAGCGACACCCAGUUCUACCCCGGCCUCGGGCUGGCCCUGGCCUUCCAUGACGGCAGCGUCCACAUCGUGCACCGGCUCUCGCUGCAGACCAUGGCCAUCUUCUAUAGCUCCGCAGCCCCGCGCUCCGUGGACGAGCCGGCUAUCAAGCGCCCUCGGACCACCGGCCCCGCCGUCCACUUCAAGGCCAUGCAGCUCUCCUGGACUUCCCUGGCCCUCGUGGGCAUCGACAACCACGGCAGGCUGAGCAUGUUGCGCAUCUCGCCCUCCAUGGGCCACUCGCUGGACGCGGGGCUGGCCCUGCGGCACCUGCUCUUCCUGCUGGAGUACUGCAUGGUGACCGGCUACGACUGGUGGGACAUCCUGCUGCACGUGCAGCCCAGCAUGGUGCAGAGCCUGGUGGAGAAGCUGCAUGAGGAGUACACGCGCCAGAAGGCCGAGCUGCAGCAGGUCCUCUCUACCCGGAUCCUGGCCAUGAAGGCCUCGCUCUGCAAGCUGUCGCCCUGCGCAGUGACCCGUGUGUGCGAGUACCACGCCAAGCUCUUCCUCAUCGCCGCCAGCUCCACGCUCAAGUCGCUGCUGCGCCCGCACGUGCUCAACACGCCCGACAAAAGCCCCGGCGACCGGCUGACGGAGAUCUGCGCCAAGAUCACGGACGUCGACAUUGACAAGGUCAUGAUCAACCUCAAGACCGAGGAGUUCGUCCUGGACAUGAACACGCUCCAGGCGCUGCAGCAGCUCCUGCAGUGGGUGGGCGACUUCGUGCUCUACCUGCUGGCUAGUCUGCCCAACCAGGGCUCCCCGCUGCGGCCCGGCCACAGCUUCCUGCGGGAUGGCACGUCGCUGGGCAUGCUGCGGGAGCUGAUGGUCGUCAUCCGCAUUUGGGGCCUGCUGAAGCCCAGCUGCCUGCCUGUGUACACGGCCACCUCUGACACCCAGGACAGCAUGUCCCUGCUCUUCCGCCUGCUCACCAAGCUCUGGAUCUGCUGCCGCGAUGAGGGCCCCACGAGCGAGCCGGAUGAGGCGCUCGUUGACGAGUGCUGCCUGCUGCCCAGCCAGCUGCUCAUCCCCAGCCUGGACUGGCUGCCCGUCAGCGACGGCCUCGUCAGCCGCCUGCAGCCCAAGCAGCCCCUGCGUCUGCACUUCGGCAAGCCUCCCGCUCUGCCCGGCAGUGCCACCAGCUUGCAGCUGGACGGCCUCAUCAGGGCGCCGGGCCAGCCCAAGAUGGACCACCUGCGGAGGCUGCACCUGGGCGCCUACCCCACGGAGGCCUGCAAGGCCUGCACCAGGUGCGGCUGUGUCACCAUGCUCAAGUCACCCAACAAGACCACGGCUGUCAAACAGUGGGAGCAGCGCUGGAUCAAGAACUGCCUGUGUGGGGGGCUCUGGUGGCGGAUGCCCCUCAGCUACCCCUGACUGCGCCCAGGCCCCUGUCCCAGCUCAGAGGGUCCAGGACAGCUCAGGCCUCUGUCCUUCAGAACAUCCCACAUGAACCUGCCGGGUGUCCAGUGGCCA